AUGGCCAUUUUCGACACCCCCCAGGAGGCCUUCGGAGCCCUCCGCCCCGCCUGCGUCCAGCUGACCAAGGCCCAGACGCUGGAGAACGUGGAGCGCCUCCGCUCACAGCUGCAGGCGGUCAGCGACUCGGCCCUGCAGGAGCUCCAGGAAUACGUCCUUUUCCCUUUGAGAUUCGCCCUCAAGACCCCUGGGCCGAAGCGGGAAGGCGUGCUCCGAAGCGUGGUGCAGUGCGUCGGCUUUGUGCUCUCGGCCACCUGCGUGAAGAAGGCGGAUCUCCUCCUGGAGCUCUUCUCCGAACUCUGCGUCUGCCUGGCGUCCCCCUCCGGCCCAGCCCAGCUGGCCCCGUCGUCGGAGGAACUGAAGCAGGACGUGGCCCAGGCGCUGCUUGCCUUGCUCCACUCCGCUUACGGAGGCGUCCUCCUGUCUCUCUACCAGCCUUCCAGCCUUCCCCAGCUGGGCUUUGCCGUGUCCCUGCUUUUGGGCCUUGCCGAACAGGAAAAAGCCCGGCAGGUUAAGAUCGCCGCCUUGCGGUGUCUGCAGGCUCUCCUUCUGCAGUGUGACUGCCCACAGGGUCACCAGUCCCUGGAGAAAGAGGAGAUGAGGCAAUGUGGGGAUCUCUUUGCCUCCUUCCUCCCCGGUGUCUCCAUUGCUCUCUCCAAGGUGAUCACAGGAGAUGUGAAGCAAGGUCACGCCGUGGUGGUCUCGGCCGUCAGGCUCUUCUCUAGGGCCGUCAGUCUGGUGAUGGCCGAUGAGCAGCUAGCGCAGAUCCCAGAGGAGAGGCAGAAACCAGCCUCGGAACAGAGUAAAAUACAGGCCCUCGGGGUCCACCGAGACUCGGACUGGGCGAGAAACACCGCCUCCAAACUCUCCAUCCUUAUCAAGAAGGUGGUUGGAUCCGGGUCUGUUCAUCCUCACUGGAAGGUGCGACGGGAGCUGGUGGACAUGGCUCACCUCCUCCUGACGACCUGUGGACGCUCUUUGGUGGACUCGGCCGGCCAGUUGUUGAAAGCCUUAGUUGGCCUGGUGAACGAUGAGAGCGCCGAGGUCCGGCGGGCGAGUGAGAAGGCCUUGGAGGAUAUCGCCGCACAGGAGAGCGUGGCCGGGAACAGGCGCCUGGCCGACCUCCUAUCUGAGGAUCUCCACUCUCUGGCCACUUCUCUGCCUCGCUUAAUGACCUCCCAGAACGACCAAGGCAAGACAGCCACCUUAAACCUGGUCCUUGGCUACCUGAAGCUCUUGGGCCCGAAGGUGAGCCUGGUUCUCAACUCGGCCUCCCACCUCCAGCGUCUGUCCAAGGCCCUGAUGCAAGUCCUGGAGCUGGAGGUGAAGGACGUGAAGGUAGUGGAGGAGAAGGGCGGCGCCCCGGAAGCCUUUCAGACGCCCUCGCCGGCCGGCCUCCAGAGGAAGUACUUCCGCUUCUUCACAGAUGAGCGGAUUUUCUCUCUCCUGCGGCAGAUUUGCCGGGCUCUGGGCAGCCACGGGAAUCUCUACCUGCUGGUGGAUCACUUCAUGGACCUGUACAGGGAAUCCACUGUGUACCGGAAGCAAGCUGCGAUGGUUCUCAACGAACUGAUCGCUGGAGCCGCAGGGCAGGAGGCGCGGAACGCUUCGCUGAGCUCGGAGGAUCUCGUGGGGAUCGUCACUUCCGUGCUGGAAGAAUAUGUGGACUCGGGGAACUGGCAUUUGGUCACCAGCUCGGAGGGCCAAGAAUCUUGGGCUGAGCCCGCAGAUGCCAGACCCCUUGCUGUGACGUACGAAGCGUCUUGGGGACCUCUGCCGUCCCUGGGAUCGAGCCCCAGCAUCCGCUGUAUGAACAGCAACAUAUGGCAGAUCUGUGUCCAGCUGGAAGGGAUCGGCACUUUUGCCUCUGCCCUGGGGAAGGACUUCCGUUUUCUGUUGAUCUCCGCUUUGUACCCCGUCCUGGAAAAGGCCGGGGACGGCACGCUCCUGGUCAGCCAGACUGCCAAGGGGACCCUGGCCGGCAUCUGCUGGGCCUGCGACUACGUCUCCGUCCCUGAACUCCUCAGGCAGAACGCUGAUUACUUGGUGAACGAGAUUUCCUUGCGUCUCAGGCACCCGGCCGAGGAGGCCCAGGCCUUGCGGGUGCUGGAGGCCAUGCUCCGACAUGCGGACGCCCGGGUGGCCCCCUUGGUGGAGGACCUGGUGGAAGACGUUUUGGCCAGGUUGGAUCAGGGCCACGGCGAACGGGCACCAUCCUUCCUGGGGGCUCUCCGGACCCUGAUGGCGUCACUAGUUUCCUGGUUUGAGCCGGAGCGGCAAACCCACCACGAGCCGGACGGUGGUCCUUCCUGCCGGCCGGCACAGAGGCCGCCCAACCUGCCCACCCCAGCAGAAAUGGAAGAGUUCUUUUCAGCCUACGUGAAGCAGAAGCGGAUUGCAGAGGGGGAUGUCGAGGAAGAGGAGGAGGAGGAGGAGGAGGAGGAGGAGGAGGAGGAGGAGGAGGAAGAGAGGCCGUUGCCCUUGCAGGCCCAGAUGGCUAAAGAUGUCCUGGAGAGGGCCAUCCACCUACUCCCCAGCAAGAGCCUUGCGGUGCGGCUGAAGGCCCUCGAUGUCCUGGAACUCUGUCUGACGGUCCUUGGUCCACAUGAAGACGUUCUCCUUCCACUGGCCCAUCGGGCGUGGCCUGCUCUCGUGUGCCGCUUGAUCAACGACGACCCCUUGGCUGUUCUCAGAGCCUUUAAGGUGCUGUGCACUCUGGGAUCCUGCAGUGGGGACUUCCUGAGGAGCCGUUUCUGCAAAGACGUCUUGCCCAAGCUGGCGGCCUCCCUUGCCGCCCAGGCCCCCACCAGCGCCCACGCCGGGCCCAUCUACAGCCACAGCCUGGCCUUCAAGCUGCAGCUGGCGGUGCUGCAGGGCCUCGGCUCCCUCUGCCAGGCUCUGGAUCUGGGCGAGAAUGACCUGAACACGGUGGUGGAUGCCUGCCUGCCCUACCUCAGCGCCAGGCAGCCGGUGAGACUGCAGGAAGCUGCUCGCAGUGUUUUCCUUCGCCUGACGGAGGUUGACCCGGAUGCCAUCUGGUUCUUCCUCUGCAAUGUCUGGUGCCCCAGAAACCCGGAGGCCCCCCACCCCUGCUUGCGCCCUGUGAAACUGGUGGGGGGCGAGAAGACGCGAAACGAGUUCACGGACAACGUGCAGAGUCUCUUGGACCAGCUGGGCGGUUGAGGGCGAGGAAGGAGCACCCGGGCGCAC